UAAAAAGACUGUUGAAACAGAGAGCAAGAAAAAGAACCAUCUAAAGACGUAAUUACAUCAACAGACGAUUCAAUACCAGGUUCAUCGCAUUUGUCUGAGUUAACUGUAUCACACCCACCUUCAGCUUCUCAAUCAACAGAACUUCAACCUUCCCAGGCAGCUGUGGACAUUCGCGGACUUGAAGAAGUGAGUGAAAAUGCUAAUGCAACCACAGAAGUAAAUAGUUCGAUACAAAGUGAUACCAGUGUUGAUAUAAGUAAAAAAAUUUGUUUAUUUUGCAAUAAAAAAAAGAGACAAGUGAGAUCAAAAAUGCUUCCACUCCAUGAAGGUGAUAAAAACCAAUUUCAGUCUCGUAUAAUGUCUAGCAUUGAAAAUCAAAAAGAGUAUAAUGAGUUGUUAAGUAGAUUGGAAAGUAUUGCAAGUCCGAAAAUAUACUAUCACACUGACUGUAGGAUUCAGUUUAAUAAUAAAAUAUCUUCAUUGGCGAAAAUAUCUGUUAAAAGUGAUUGGCAUCAUUAUCGAGAGUACCACCAAGAAGCUUUCAAUGAAAUUUGUAGCAUCAUAGAAGAAGAUAUUAUCAACAACGGCCGCUGUCAUUUAUUGAUUCAUUUACAUGAAUUAUAUACUGAUUCAUUGGAGAGAAUUUGUGCAGAGAAUUCCAUUGAAAUAGAUACUACUUUUACUGCACAUCACCUAGAAGAAAAAAUUGAUAAGAAGUUUUCCAAAAAUGUUAAAUUCUUUACAAUCCGGAAUAAAAAAAUAAUAGCACCCAAUUAUAUGAAGACGAUCGACGAAACAGUAUUGGACAACUUAAAAUCUGAAAAUAUUAUCCAAAAAGCGGCAUUAGUCUUACGAAAAACUAUUUUGACAAUGGACAAGAAAAAAUUACCAUCUAAAAAUCUUUCAGCACAGCAUUUAAUUGCAGGUGAAGCUUCUAUACCGCAAGAAUUAUUUGAUUUUUAUUCUACUCUCAUAGGUGGUUCUAGACAGAAACGAAAAAGUGGCUCAAAAUGUAUUCGUCAAGUACGGUCUUACUGUCAAGAUAUUAUUUAUGCAAUUCAUAAUGGUCAAGUCAAGACGUCUAAGCAUAUCACGCUGGGUAUGACUCUGAAGAGUUUAACGAGUAGCAGAAAAAUUGUAGAUAUAGUCAACAGAUAUGGUCAUUGUAUCAGCUAUCAAAGUGUCGAAGAACUUGAAACAGAAACCACCUAUGCUUCCAUAGAAAAGUCAAAUUUAUGCCCCGAAAAAAUUAAAAAAACACCUGAACUUUGUACUGGACUGGCUUAUGAUAAUUUUGACCGCUUUGUUGAAACUACUAGUGGGAAGGACACUUUACAUGAUACCGUCGGAAUUAUUUAUCAGAACAUCGAAUUCAAUACAUCUGAAGAAUCUCAAAUAUCCGAGGCACCAGUUCCCACUAGUAGAGAUAAUUCACCACAGAAGAGGAAAAGGAGACGAAGAACUUUUGAGGCAAUAGCUUCAGAAGAAAUUCCCUAUCCAAAAAAACCAAAAAUGACAAGUGAUUUGCAGAUAACGGCUGAUGAAAUUGAACAUAUAAUCCCCAAUAAUUUACAAUUGUAUACAGAAAUUGAUAAUAUCUGGAUUAUUAGUCAUGCACUAGAAUUACCUGAUAUUCCAAUGUGGGUUGGUUUUAACAGUAAGAUUCAUGAUAUUGAAACUUGCAAACAACACAUAUCUUAUUUGACUCCGAUAAAUGCCUCACCAACAAGUAAUUCUGUAGUAUUAGAAACCAUGCAACAAAGUAAGAAAAUUGCUGAAGAGUUAAAUCAAUCAUCUAUUCAAGUAACAUAUGACUUGGCUAUAGCCAAAGUCGCUCUACAAAUUCAAGCAACGGAAAAACCUACAUAUGACAAUUUAUUUAUACAUUUAGGACCGUUUCACAUCAUGAUGGCUUAUUUCAAGGCAGUUGGUAAGGUGAUCAGUGACUGUGGACUAACAAAUAUAAUGGUGGAAAGUGGCUUAUUGGCGAAUGGUUCAGUGAAUGGAUUUCUUGACGGCAAGCAUUUCAAUCGCUGCAAAAGACUGCAUCCUUUGGUGACAUUAGGAUUAGAAAUAUUACAUUUUAAAUCUUUUCUGGAAAUGAGUAACACGUCCGUAACAGAUGAUAUGAUUGAAGAACUUUACCGACUACAAAACUGUAAAAUAUCAUCAUUCAACAUAGAACAUGAAGAGCUGAAAGAAUUGAUCAAUAAUUACUGUGUUUAUAAACAACGAAGUCUCAAUGGCGACUAUGGAAAGACUCAACAAUUUUAUGUAAUUUAUAUUAAUCUCAUCAAUCAUUACCUACAACUAUCACGAAGCAUACGUGUUGGAGACUUCGAACUUUUCAAGUCAGUUUUACCUAAAAUAACAAAUUUAUUUUUUAUCUGUAAUCAACAGAAUUAUGCUCGAUGGACCGUGAAAUAUGCUGAUAACUUGAUAAAAGUAGCAGAUACCCAUCCUGAUUUAUUUGAAGGAUUUCAACAGGGUUACUUCGGCAUUAAAAGGACAACUAAGUCAUUUUCAAGGCAACCUAUUGAUCUGGUUUUAGAGCAGACUAUCAAUGCAGAUGCUGCACGAAGACUUACAGGUGUUAUACACUUUACUAAUUCAAUUGCAGCCCGUCAACGGUGGGCUCGAAACCAUGAUAUAAGAUCGACAGUAAUUAGUUACGUUUACCAAGAAUUGGGACUACAAACUCACCAAGAUGUUUCUUCGGAUUUGAGUAAGCAUAAUAUUCAGAAAAAUAUUAAAAAUCUAAAGAAAUUUCUUAAAACAUUUGAACAAUUUCUUAAUCCCUUCAGCUCGGAAGUACCAAAAGAUCAUUUAAUAAAUAUUUCAUCUGGUAAAGCUGCAUCAGAACUGGUAGAGUCAUUUCUUCUUAAUAUUGAAAAAAAUGGUGAUUGUCUUCGGAAUACGUUUGUUUCUGAAUGUCAUACGGACAUUAGUCGAUUUGAAAAAUCUAUUAAAAAAAUAGCUCUUAAUAAUUUUUCAAAAGAUUUGGAAAAAAAGAAGAAAAUUAAAAUAGGUGGUGCAAUUGAAGAGGUAAAAAUUCAACGAGAUUUGUUUGGUCGUAUGCUGGGGAUCUCGAUGGAUUACAAUGUGGAUAUCUCAAAAAUUUUAUCAUACCCAAUCACCGAUGUGCCUUUAUCUAUGUGUCAUUUAAGUGGUACUAUUUGUAAGACGGAUAAAUCUGCCUUAAUGAAGUGUUUGGAGAAGGAGGUCCAGCAUCAACCACCACCUACUGUAGAUGUCGUAAUAAUUGAUGGGUUUUUUUUAUUACACACCAUGAGAAAUGUUCCAAACAAAUUUGGAGGCAUUUCUAAGAAAAUGUUACAAAUGGUCACCAAGUUCGAAGCGCUAAGAAUUGACGUUAUUUUUGAUCAAUACCUGACUCCAUCGAUCAAAGAUUACGAACAUUCUCAGCGAUUAGAAUCAGCACAAUUGAGCUACACUAUAACUGGACCUGAUCAAACACGUCCGAGUGAUUUUGCGAAAGAAUUGAAAAAUUCAAAUUUCAAACAAGCUCUGGUAGAUUUUUUAAUUUUGCAUUGGGCCAGUGAUGAAAUAAUACCUUUUAUUGGAAAUAAAACUAUUCACAUAAAUUCUAAACUGUGCCAUUGUUUUGUUGUUAAUGCUUCUAACAAAGUAGUAACAAGAGUUGUAGAAGAGUUAUCAUGUCCAAAACAUGAAGAGGCUGAUACCAAAAUAGUCUAUCAUGCGUGCAGUAUUCCAAAUAAAGUAAAUAUUGUGAUCAGAAGUGUCGACACUGACAUUGCAGCUAUCAUGCUUGGUCAUAUGCACCAUCUACAAAAUGAUUCACUUAUUUGGAUGCUGAUAGGCACUGGGAAUAAGUUGAGAUACGUAGACCUCACAGAGAUUUACGUAAAGUUAGGAAAAUCUUUUUGCAAGAGCUUACCAGGAUUCCAUGCGAUCACAGGUUGUGAUUAUAAUCCUGCAUUUUUCCGAAAAGGAAAGUUGAGGCCUUUUAAAAUUUUAAAAAAAACGGAAGAGUAUCAAACAGCUUUCAUUAAAUUCGGUAAACACGAAUUAUUCGAAAAUAAUAAUGAACAACAAAGCACUUUUGAUAUUAUUCAACGAUUUAUAUGUGAGGUAUACAAUGUCGGUUCGAUAACUGAUGUUGACGCAGCACGGCUUCAACUAUUCAUUAAUACAUAUCAGGUCUCAGAUAUUAAUGAAGCGUUUAGCCGUAAAAAACUACGAAAUUUUGAUGCUAGCAGUCUGCCACCAUGUAAAUCCGAGUUGCUACAACAAUAUCUGCGAGCCAACUAUGUGUCUAGCAUUUGGAAUAAUGCAAAUCAGCAAAUUCCAACAAUUUAUCAACCCGAGAAUAAUGGUUGGGUUCUCGAAGAUAAUCAGUACCAUUUUAAAUGGUUCGAAGGUGAUCAGUUGCCAAAUUUCGUCAGAGAAUCACUGAAAGCUGUCUCAGAAACUGACGAAGAAGAAGAAGAAGACGACGAUAUCGAAUGGAGUAACAGUGAUGAAGAAAAUGAUAAUAUUGAUUAUAAUGAUGAUAAUGAAUAAAAUAAUAUUUUCUUCAAUACACUAUAAUAAUAAUCUGUAAUGUCAUCAAUCUAUUUUUUUA